UGACACUGAACAAUGCGCUAUUUUAGCUAGCGUUAGCGUGGUGCUAGGUUUCGAAUCGCUUUGACAAAUUCUCAAAUUUUACUUUUGAAUUUGAUGACGGCGGAGCUAUUAGGUUUGAAGAAAGCUACUUUGAAGAGUGUCUUGUUUGGGCCUAAUCGGCUCACAUGUCUUUAGAAAGUUAGUACGAAAAUCAUGUUUUACACGUCACUGCCAUUUUUUUUUGUUUUGCCUGAACGAAUACAGGAUGAGUUAAAGAAGUAACUGCUUGUUGUCGGUGUGUUAGAGUCUAAAGCAUUACGUUGCCAUAGUGUCCUGGAGAGAGUUAAGGACACGCAGCUUCAGGUCUGACUCCAGCAGCCUCGUCUGGCCCAGCCAUGACCCAGAAACCCCAGAGGAGCGCUCAGACUACACACUACAUAGAACUGGGAGGUUAUCAGUACUGGCCCGUGUUGGUGCCCAGAGGUAUCAGACUAUACACGUAUGAGCAGAUCCCAGUAUUUCUGAGGGACAACCCCUACAUCACAGAUGGAUACAGAGCCUACCUCCCUUCCAGACUGUGCAUCAAAAGCGUCUUCAUUCUGUCCAAUGAGACGGUGAAUAUCUGGAGCCAUCUGUUGGGCUUCGUCCUCUUCUUUUGCCUCGGCGUGUACAACAUGGCCUUGGUGCUUCCAGGCAUCAGUGCCUCCAGAGAGGACUACGUCAUCUAUUCUAUCGGCCUCUUCUGCUUUCAGCUGUGCAUGCUGUGUUCGGUGGGCUACCACCUGUUCUGCUGCCAUCGCUCAGAGAAGACCAGCCGCCGCUGGUUGGCGCUGGACUAUGCUGGUUUGUCCAUCGGCAUCCUGGGCUGCUACGUCCCCGGAGUUUUCUACACCUUCUACUGCAAUAACUACUGGCGGCAGGUGUACCUGGUGACGGUGCUGGCCAUGAUCCUGGCCGUCUUCUUCGCUCAGAUCCACCCUCAUUACCUCAGCAAGCAGUGGAAGCAGCUGCGCUCGCUCAUCUUCUGCUUGGUGGCCGGCUACAGCCUCGUCCCCACCGUCCACUGGGUCUGGAUCACAGGAGGCGUCUCCUCGGAGCUUGUCCAGGCCUUCGUUCCUCGUAUCCUGGGGAUGUACUUCAUGGCUGCUCUAGCUCUCAUUUUCUACGUUUCUAAAGUUCCUGAACGCUACUUCCCCGGUCAGCUCAACUACGUGGGCUCCAGCCACCAGCUGUGGCACGUGCUGCUGGUGCUGAUGUUUUACUGGUGGCACCAGUCGUCGGGCUUCAUCAUGGCGUACAGACACAGCCACCCCUGCCCCAACGGGCCCCAGCACGCGUAGGGCGGCGCCGGCGGUUGCUGAGUGGCUGCAGCGUUCGCUACAGACGGACGGACGCCUUCUUACCUGACUUCAGUUCAGCCUCACUUGUGAACGACUGCAGGAACGAAUCCGCCCACAGGAGACGCUGAGAAUGUUCCCUGCAGCCAAACGGAUGAGGUGACUGAACAGCAUAUUUGCACUGAGCUCAGAUUCAGACUCUAAACCAGGCAAGUAGCAGCUCCUGUAAGUGCCUGUAAAUAAAAGCUCAUGUAGCUCCUGACACAAGUCUCUAAGUGAAGACUCGUGAGAUGCAUUCUCACAAUGCAUUAGAAUGGUUAUGUUCAAAUUCGGCUCAACAGUAUUAACACUUUGAAAUUUAAGUGAAAGGAAACAAACAUUCUACUUGUUAAACGUCUAAGAUGUGAAUGUAAGUCAUAAAUGUUUCCAAUGUUCCAGUUGAGGUAAACUCCAAACCACUUUAGUCUGCUCAAAGCAGCCCCAGUGUCUUUCACCACAAAUAGUGCUCAGAUAGAGAAACCAAAGACUAUCUUUUUCUAUUUUCCAUGUCUGCAUUCAGGCUUUUUGGUUUCGGCUCAAACAGUUUCAGUCCUAAGAUGCUUUAUUUCCAUUUUACCGGACCAUCAUCAUCGUCACAGAUCUGACCUUUCACUUCAUGGUUUAAAACAAUUUAUUCUUACACGUUAGAAGCUGCUAAAUUCCACUUUGUUUGUUCUUAGUGUGUUUAUUCUUCACUGCUCAAAUCAUCCAAUCUGUUUGUACAAGUUAAAUCUUCUUAAAGGUGGAAACAGCAUUAGUUUGUGACACUGCAGUCAUUGUUUUACUACUUUGUGUCUGACCAGUGUUUCAGUCUGUUCUCGUUAGGGUGAAGUGCAAUGUUAAACAUCAUUUGUUCUUUUAUUUUGAUAAUGACUCUAUUCCAAAAUGUAGCACAUCCAUGGUAGAAAAGAGUAACACAAUGUUAGCAUCAGACGUUAUUACACCAACAUUGGAUAAUGUUUGUUUUAGGCUCAGUGUUUUUAUUACAUUUAAAUUACUAUUAUUAGUAAUAAGUGCCUCAUCUUGGAGUAAGUCAUUAUUAAAGGUUACAUUUUAGAUCAUAACAUGUUUUGUAUUUAACUUAUUAUGAACCUGCUGUUUGUAAACAUCAGCUUAUUUUACUCUCACUGCUGAACUUGACUCAAAAUAAAUGAGCCAUAUGCUGGUGACCUGCUGA